CUUGGGAGUGGACACUCCUGAUGGGACAGCACAGGCCAGCGUGCCCGUCCCCGGGUCGGGAGGGCCACCUAAGCACCAGCUCACGUCUGCUGUAGCUCUGAGAUGUUCGUUGGACAGCAAAACCUCUCAGAUCUGAAGGUUGGCAGAAGAAAGCUUUAAAUGGGCUGUUUAACACAGGCGCCACCUGAGCAGAGACGUUUUAAAUCACUGAGGAGAGGAGAACAGUGCUUUGUGCUCAGCGGAGCGGAGCCCGGGCCGUCUCGGAGCCAGCGGAGCACCAGAGGCUGCGAGUGAGGAGGCCAGCGGCUCCCCACGCACCCCGCCUGGACCCUCACGCCCCGCACCGCUGGGAUGGAUGAGUCAGACGAGGAUUUUAAAGAACUCUGUGCCAGCUUUUUCCAAAGGGUGAAAAAGAAUGGCCCCAGAGAUGCGUCUGGGGAAAGGAAGCGGCCAAAGGCCUCAAACAGCACGCAGCCCCGGGGCAGGCCGCACAGCGCCAAGCAGACCCCGGCCCGGAGCACCCCCGCCGUGGGCCCUGCCGGGAAGAGAGCCCGCCCCGGCGGCCGCGCCCCACCGCCCCAACGGCCAGCUCCCCCCGAGAGUGGACAGGGAGGCGCCUGCGCGCCUGCGGGGGCCCCUGGGAGUGUGACGAGCACCCAGACAGAGCGCGCCCCGGGCAGCGGCCCCCAGGCCCCUCCUUCCUGCCUGGCCGAGCCGGAGCCCCGCGCCCCGCAGCGGACGGCGGAGCUGGUCCUGCAGCGGAUGCAGCGCUUCAAGAGGGCGGACCCCGACCGGCUGCGGCGCUCCCCGCUUGGGGAAGAGAUGGCUUCAGAGGGACCCCAGGAGGGAGCCACGGCCGGGCAGGGGCCUGGCCCGGGGCUGCCGGUCACCGAGAGCGACGCCGCGGUGGCCUGGGCCCUGCAGCAGGAGCUCGGGCAGGAGCGCGCGGCCACACGGAGCGAGAGCCUGGAGGAGAAGGGGCUGUUCUUCUGCCAGAUCUGUCAGAAAAACCUGUCGACCAUGAACGUGACCCGGAGGGAGCAGCACGUGAACCGGUGCCUGGAUGAGGCUGAGAAGGCGGCAAGGCCUUCAGCACCACAGGUCCCCGAGUGCCCCAUCUGUGGCAAACCAUUUCUCAGCCCUAAGAGCAGAAGCAGCCACUUGAAACAGUGCGCAGCAAAGAUGGAGGUCGGGCCCCAGCUCCUGCUCCAGGCUGUGCGGCUGCAAACCACGCACCCCGAGGGGGCCCCCAGCUUGGCCACACCAGCACUCAGCCUCGGCGGAGGUCUGAAGCGGAAGGGGUCCGCUGGCAGGAAGGAGCCACAGAAGAGGCGGAGGGUCAGCGGGCCCGCGGCGCCAUCCGAGGACCUGCUGGUGGCCAUGGCCCUGUCACGCUCAGAGCUGGAAGCCAGGCUGGGGGCGCCCAGGCCAGGCCGCGCGGCCGCCGAGAACCUGUGGCCAGGAGCAGAGAAGAAGAGCCGCAAGCAGAAAGCCGCACCGCCACCCCAGCUGCUGGCACAGGACGCAGAGACCACGGGCAGGCAGAUCGAGGACCGCGUGGCCCAGCUCCUGGCCGAGGAGGCGGAGGUGGCCAGCACGCCGCCCCUGCCCACGCGCGGGAGGCUGAGGGGAGAGCUGGAGAGGGCCAGCUGGUGUCUGCAGCCGCCCGCGGGGAAGCAGCAGUCCCUGUGGGAGGGCAGCGCCCUCACCCAGGCCUGGGCUCUGGGCUCCUUCUACACGGCCAGCCUGGUGCCGCCCCUGGAGCCCCGGCCGGCCGCCCAGGUAGCUCCCCCGUGCACUCCGGAGGCGGCUGGGCACUCCCUGAGCCUGCUGGCGGCCGACCUGGGCACCAUGGUCAACAACCCGCAGCUGAGCGACGUCCAGAUCCAGACGGACAGCGGGGAGCUGCUCCACGCCCACAAGUUCGUGCUGUACGCCCGGUGCCCGCUCCUCAUGCAGCAUGUACGUGCGGCCUGCGGCCUCCGCCCUCCCCGCCGCCUGGCUCGCGGGCCGCAGGCUUCGUCCUCUGCGGCCGUGGAGGCCUCCGGGCGGUGCAGAGGGUCGGGAAGCGUCAGGUUCUCCUUCCCUGGAAUGAACAUCCUGUCCCCGCCCGCGUUCGGAGUGCCGGAGCUGGCGCGGCUGUGCGGGCAGGCGCUGGGCCCAGAGGGUGGCCGGCAGGUGCCGCGGGGCGACGAGGACUGCGAGAGCCGCGCCGAGGCCUUCCAGGAGCUCCUGAGGGCCAUGUGGGCCGGGGAGGAGGCGCCGGCGGCCGCGGCGCCGAAGUCCGAGACCUGCGGAGGAGACGGCGCGGGGGUGGAGGAGGCAGAAAUGGAGGAAGUUUACGCGCUGGCGGCCACUCAGCGGAAGCUGCUCCGGCCGGGAGGCGCCGCCCUCGAGGAGCAGAGCGGGCCGCUGGCAGCCGGCCCGGGAGGUGUCCGGGCCCCACCGACGAGCUCGCCUGGGCUGGCCGCAGCUGCGGGGAGCAGCGCGAAACCCUCGGGCCCGCUGCUCGGGGGCCGGUGCUCAGGCAGGGAGGAGGCAGAAGACACCCCUCGGGGAGCACCUCGUCCUCCCAGCCCCGCCGGCUCCCCUGGGGGCUGCCGGGCGGAGAAGGAAGCGGGCUCCUUUCUGUUCUCGGUCGACACGGACGACGAACAGCCCUUUUUAUUGACUCAAGGGGGAAGCCUCCAGACACCCCGAAUUUCCAGUUCUGGAGAGGAAGGGAGCCGCACUGGGGGGGACAGGGGCUUGGGGGAUUCCCCCACCCCACCGUGUCCCCACCUCCCUCAAGGCGGACGUCCCCACCCGGCACAGCCUAGGCCUCACCCCGCGGACACCUCGGCCCCGCCGCUACCCCAGUCGCCACAGACACCGCGCAGAGCCGCCGAGCUGAGCCCCCAGGACUCGCCGGCACAGCGGAGGAGGGGCGGGCACGGCCCCUCGUCACCUGGCGACCCCGGCCGCCAGCAGGGCCAGCAGCAGGCUUCUCUGUUGGGGCUCAGAGACGCAGGGGUCCCGACUCCGCCCCAGAGGUCCCUGUCUAUUGACCUGACCCAGCCCCAGCCUGACCCCCCCGCCUGCGGGGGUGCGGGGGGCGAGGUCAUCCUCCUCCUGGACUCGGACGAGGAGCUGGAGCUGCAGCAAGCCAGUGUCGAACCCCCGCCUCACAGCCCCGCCGACGAAAGGAAAGUUCUGGAAGUCAGCGCCAGGUCCUGUGAGCUGUUCCCCAUCAUCGACGUGGACGCGGACCAGGAGGCCUCCCGGAGCCCGCCCCCGAGGUGCGGCCUCCAGAGUGGCCCCGAUGAGGACAGCAGCUCAGACGCCUCGUGGCUGGGGCCCGCCACCCCGCUGGCCGCCAGAAGCCGCGACUCUUCCUCGCAGACCCAGGUCCGGGGCCUCAGGGCCAGGCUGCCGGCUGGCCAGGCACCGCGGCCCAAGCCCAGGCCCGUGCUGGAGCCGAAGGGCCGCCCCGAGGCCGCAGCAGAGGCUCCGGUGCCCGCACCCCAGGUCUCAGCCUCGCGCCUCACCCCAGCGGCUCCCGGGAACCCCCCCUGCGGCGGGCUGGUCUGCAGGAGCCCGGGCAGCCCCCGGCCCCGGGGCCACAGGCGCACCCCUCCUCUGGCCCCCCGGCCGCUUGUGGGCGGCCUCCCCGACACCCCCCCGCAGCCCGGCCCGGCACAGCAAGCCCCAGCCACGGAGGUGGUGGAGGUCGACGACAGCGGAGACGAGCCGGAGGCAGGCGCCCCGCGGGCCAGCAGCAGCCCCUUGCCGGACAGCGACCCCCCGGCGCCCGGAGAAGACGGCCGCUGGCCCGUGGAGCCCCUCUCCCCGAUCCCCAUUGACCACUUGAACCUUGGGCACGCGGUCCCCCUGGGCACCAGCAUUCUGCCCCACCCAGGAGGCGCAGCCCAGAAGAACAAGUUGCCCCCGAAAGUGCCCAUCACCCCCAUGCCACGGUAUUCCAUCAUGGAGACGCCGGUGCUGAAGAGAGAGCUGGACAGGUUUGGGGUCCGCCCGCUGCCCAAGCGCCAGAUGGUCCUGAAGCUGAAGGAGAUAUUCCAGUACACGCACCAGACGCUGGGGUCGGACUCCGAGGGCGAGAGCCCGUCCUCCGCCGGCAGCCAGACCCCCGCCCCGGAGGCCGCCCCGGGCCCCGCUCCCCAGAGGUCUAGGGGCCCCGCGAAGACCACAGGUCCCCCGCCUGGAGAGCAGCGGCUGGGGAGCGGCGCCCCCUCCAGCGUGACCCCAGCCGCAGAGACGCCCCCCGGGUCGGGUGGCGACGCCGAGCUCCCGGCCUCCCAGGGGUCCGCAGCCCCCGCCGCGGGCAGCAGCGACAGCUCCUUCAGCUCUCAGAGCUCCGCCUCCUGCGAGUGGGGCCCGGCUCUCGAGUCCGCGGGGGACGAGGGGGACGAGGAGGGCGGUGGCGCCUCGCAGGCCGGGGCCACGGAGGCCGCGCUGGGCCGCUACAUCCGCUCGCAGCCGGCGCUGUUCCGCCGCGUCCUGCAGUACCAGCCGCUGGAGCUGGCGGAGCUGCGCGCCGGGCUGCGGCAGCAGGGCCUCCGCGUGGCCGCGGGCAAGCUGCUGGACUUCCUGGACGCCCAGUGCAUCACCUUCACCACCGCCGCUGCCCGGAAGGAACAGCUCGCGAGGCGGCGGCAGCGGCGGCCGGCGGCCAGGAGGAAGGGGGCUGGCGCCCCCCUGUCCCCGUGAGGCCCUGGCCACCCCUCAGUGCCUGGCCUGUCCCCUGGACACCCAGCUCCAGGCUGCCCGCCCAGACCGGAAGACCGACCCGGGGACCGGCCGGUCCAGCCCUCUGGGCUCUGAAGCCCCGACGAACUCGCGCUGUGCCAGCCGCUCCUGGGGUAGCGGGCAGGAAGGAUGGGCACCCCCUGCCCUCUAGUCACUUCCGGGCAGUACCCUCCACUGUGCAAUAAAGAAAGGUGCAAGCUGAGCAUGGCCCCAGCGCACAAGCCUCACGGCC